GUGAAUUUCAUACCAAACCCAUACUUCGCAUUCCACCUUUACUGUCAAACCCGGAGAAAUAUUACUGAAAACAAUAGCACCAAGAUAAAUAUAACUUUAAAGAAUUAAACCUCGUCCUUUUCAUAUCGGUAGAGGUUUUUCCCAAUAAAGAGAAUUGACGGGAGGACGGAGAAAGAGACGAGAAUCGUGUUUGGAGAGAUCGAUCACUCCUUUACGUUAACAGUAAUUGCAUAGUGUGGGGGCUCGUGGCAGGGCCUGGUAGGAGCCGGCACCAUUGCGUCCAACAAGUGGAGUGCAAACGGCAGCCCAGAGCAGGGGCUGGAGGAUGGGAGUGAUGAGCUGGACAAGGCCAUGGACGGAGACGCCGAGGGCGUCUGGAGCCCAGACAUCGAGCAGAGCUUUCAGGAGGCACUGGCGAUCUACCCACCCUGCGGCCGGCGCAAAAUCAUCCUCUCGGAUGAGGGAAAAAUGUAUGGUCGAAAUGAGCUUAUUGCUAGAUACAUCAAGCUGAGGACAGGCAAAACCCGCACAAGAAAACAGGUAUCUAGUCACAUACAGGUGUUAGCACGGAAGAAAGUUCGAGAGUAUCAAGCAGGUAUAAAGGCCAUGAACUUGGAUCAAGCGUCCAAAGACAAGGCUCUCCAGAACAUGGCGGCGCUCUCCUCGGCUCAGAUCGUGUCUCCCCGUCUCAUGAAGACUCCGCCUCUUCCACCUCUGCCGCAGUCCCCUUACCCCCCUAGUGCACGGUUCUGGCCGACCCCCAUUCCAGGUCAACCUGGACCCUCUCAGGACAUCAAGCCAUUUGCCCCUUACCAAAACCUGUCGGGACCUGUUCAGCCCCCUUUAUCAUCGCCCCCUUGUGUUCGUCCUCAUCCAGCAUAUGAGCCUCUGGCGCCUCCCCUCCCCCCGGCUGCCACCGCAGUGCCCGUGUGGCAGGAUCGCACCAUUGCCUCCUCCAAACUGCGUCUUCUGGAGUACUCUGCCUUCAUGGAGGUCCCACAAGAUCAGGAAUCUUACAGCAAGCAUCUGUUUGUUCAUAUUGGCCAGACGAACCCGUCCUACAGCGAUCCGCUCCUGGAGGCUGUGGACAUCAGACAGAUUUACGACAAGUUUCCUGAGAAGAAGGGAGGACUCAAGGAUCUGUAUGAGAAAGGCCCUCAAAACUCUUUCUUCCUGGUCAAGUUCUGGGCGGAUCUUAAUAACGGCGGCAUUCAGGACGGACCUGGCUCCUUCUAUGGAGUCAGCAGCCAAUAUAGCAGCUCAGAGAACAUGACCAUCACCGUCUCCACCAAAGUCUGCUCCUUCGGCAAGCAGGUGGUCGAAAAAGUGGAGACUGAGUAUGCUCGUGUGGAGGGCGGGAAGUGUUUAUAUCGCAUCCAUCGUUCCCCUAUGUGUGAAUAUAUGAUCAACUUCAUCCACAAACUCAAGCACCUGCCUGAGAAAUACAUGAUGAACAGCGUAUUAGAAAACUUCACUAUCUUACAGGUGGUGACCAACAGAGAAACCCAGGAGACUCUACUGUGUAUAGCGUUUGUAUUUGAAGUGUCGACAAGCGAACACGGGGCACAAUAUCACGUCUAUAAGCUCAUUAAGGACUAGCGACUCUACGAGCAGUUCUGUCAGCAGACUUUGACAGAUGCUUUGCACAGUCCCUCCGACAAACACAUGGAGGAAGAUGCCAAAAUGUAACAAAAACCAAAAGUUUUGCUUCUGCUCUGAUCCCGGUGCAGAGUCUUUGAGAAUGUAAAAAAAAUAACUAAAUAUAUAUAUACAGCAAAAACAAAAAAAAACAAUGUUGUAUCUGUUUUUAAAUGCCUUUAAAUACAAAAUGGGUCAAUCUGGCAUUUUUUAUUUUGGCAUUUACGGAUUGUUAUAACGUCUUUAAACUUUUAGUCUCCAUUGAGGGAAUGUGAAUGUGUUGAUGGUGAAGAAUGUCUUUUAAUUGUGAAAGACAACGUGUGCGGUUUAUAACCAGACCGGUACAUACAGAACCUUACAGCGGUGUACAAGUGUGAAUUUUACUACGUAAUGUCCGGGUCAUAUUUCUCCUCAGAAUCGAAACAAAACAAUAAUUAUGAUGUUGAUGUUUUAUAUAUAUAUAUAUAUAUAUAUAUAUAUAUAUACACACUACAGGUUGAAAGUUUUGAAACACUUAUUUUUUCAUAUGUUAGAAUAAUAGGUAAGUCAUCAAAACUAUGGAAUAGCAUUAAGGGAAUUAUGUUGUGACUAAACAAAAUCCAAAAUAAAUCAAAACUGUGUUAUUUUAGCAUCUUCAAAGUAGCCCCCCUUUGCCUAGAAUUUGCACCCUGGGAUGUAUUUUAAACCGUAUUGAAGGAUAUAUUUUUGUCUACAAAACUAAUUUCGAGCAUUUAAUUGUAUGCCAUCAGAUCAAAUGAUUUUUAAGAUCAUGAGAAACAUUUCAUCAAGUGUUUCAAAACUUUUGACCGGUAGUUUAUAUGAUAUUUUCAUGAUGAUUAAGCAAACUUUUGCCACAUAAUUCUUAUUACCAUAAUGCAAAAAUCAUGUUUUCGUUACUGAAAUACAGUAAAAACCUUUCUGGACAAAUUUAUUAUAAUAAUUUCGAUGAAUCACCAGCAUCAGUAUAACGAGUAACACCAUGAUGUAUACGUACUUGACCAUGUGUUAUAUACCACUAUAUUUCACAUUAUGGUAAUGAGUCUUUCUUUAUGCAAAAUAUGAUUUCUUCGUUUUGUUUAGAUGGUUUGGUGAACUAUGAUACGGCCAUUUUUUUAAUUUAUUUUUUUAUACAGUUUUUACGAGAUUCACCACUUUUACAAAAGAGGACCAGGUUUAGCGGAAGAGUUGUUAAUUUGUUAACGAAGGACAGAUCUACUGAAUACAUUCUGCAGUUAAUUCUCAGUUUAGAAAUAAUGUAUUUGAACAACAGAACAAGUGUCAAACCAUUUUGUUGGUACGAAGAAUUUUGAUAGGUUGACCCAAAUGCGGAGUGCCUGCUUUUCAAAGGACGCUAAGUUGAUUGAUACUCUGAAGUGCCUUUUGACUACCUCUUGACUUCGAACACUAGGGACGGGUAACAUGAACAAUUUCUUUAAACUACAACAUAAAGUAUUUAACUCGGCUGUUCGGCGAAGCUUUCGCAAGAUGCAAUAAAUAAGGAAAGAUCAAAUGUAAAGGUGGACAUGUUCAGUUGUCAUUCUGAUACAAAGAAAAUAUGCUUCACAAUUGAUGCCCAUGAAUACGAGAUUCUAUACGUUUUUUUGCCUUUUGAAAUGGAGGAUGUUGCAUUUUUGUCAUAUUGCACCAGAGUGCUUUAAAUCCUCUAACAGAAUGUUUGCAUUUACUUAUUGAUUCCCCCUCUCACUUCCACAACUGUCCAGUACUGUGCAUCAUGCUUUCAUAUAUUUCUCAUAAACCAUCUUUUAUUUCAUUUUUAUUCCCGGUGUUAAAGUCUAAAAGGGAACGUCAAUAAUUUCACCUUUCUCUUAGGUGUGUGUUGUUGUUUGUAUGGUUUGGUACUCUUUGAUUCUUCUUAUUUGUGUUCUUUGGAUGUAAAUUUGGGGUCAAAAUUCAGUCUUCACCAUGCACCACAUGUUCGGUGUGGUUAUGCCUGAUUUUUUUUGCAUUAACGUCAAAUGCCAUUUUAAGAAGUGCUGAACUUAGAGAGGAUUGUUACUACUGAACAUGUAACGUUUAUUUUCCCCAUAGUGAAUUAAAAACUUGAAUUUUGCCAAUAUUCAGAUCAGAUUCUACGUUUUCCUGCGUGACGUCUUUGAUGGCGUCAUGCAGUGUUUUUUAUUUUGCAAUCCCUUGCAAUGUAAAGGCUGCACGGUUUGUGUCAAAAUGUUUAUGGGAUGGUUCGCUAGACAUGAGAUGGUGCUCGCUGAUACAGUUUUUUUGUCCAAACAUCAAUUCAUAGUUUAGGUAAGAGUUCUGAAGGUACUGCUAAAUCCGGAGUACACAUUUAAAGCAGAAAUGUUAUGUAUAUGGGUACAUUUUUGUUGUAACUUCAAUGACGACAGUUUCCUCAAUUGUAUUUUUACUUACAGGCUCUUGUUUUUCCCUUUUAUAAUUAUUAUUAUAAUUAUUAAUUUUAUGUUUGCUCUUUGACUUUCGAUGGAUGCCGUAUGCAUACGUUGAAAAUUGUGUGUUACUUUUGUUAUUUUAUGCCAUAAUCUAAGUGGUAUUGGCAAAAGCUUUCCCCUGUUUUUUAACAGUUCAUUGUGGCCUUGGUUACUGAUUGUGCAUUGCAGUUAUGUAUUGAAUAUCUUUGAUGUUAGGGGUUUGUACAAUAUAAUCAAAACUAUGUAUAGCAAUACCAAUAAAAUGGCAUGGGUCUCCUUGGACCAUAUUUCUUGAAAUAUAUUUACAAUUUUGUAAAUAAAGUGACUGUCUGGGUUUUCUGUAAGAAAUCUAAAUAUAAAUCUGUUCAAACUGAUAUCAAACAUGAUGUUUUUAGACCCGAGUGGACAAGCCAAAGGUGACUCAAAGAAGGGAAGAUGAUUCAAAUGGCUAGAAAAUUGAAGAUUUUAGUAAAAAAAAAAAAAAAAGAAAGCUUAGGAGAGGCGGAAUUAAUAUAUAGGCUUCUCCGAUGCCUUUAUUAUUACUAGGGCAACUGACUAAACAUUUUAAUUGAAUUAACUGUGUGUGUGUGUGUGUGUGUGUAAUAUUGGCUGACAAAGUAUUUGUUGUAUCAACUGCCAUUUUCGAGCCGUGUUCCCUCAAAAAUGUCCUAGGCUAUGGGUUUUUAUAAUGGCAGUUAUAAAUUGAAGA